AAAAAAGGCCACCCCUUGAAAGUGAACUCUUCCGAACCCUCCCGCCUGUGUUCGUGAUUUGGACUGUUCCUAAUCUUUCCGCGGAGUGAGAACCAAGACAUUAUAGAGGCUGGAUGUGUUGAUGUGUUUAUAGUUAAUAUUUCAUAGUUAAAUAAGUUAGAAGUGGCCCGUUUAAGGCUUGUGUGGAUAUAUGUGUGCGUGCAACUAAUCAACCACACACAUCUUUGCACAAUAAAUCACCCUGAAGUACAUUCCUGGUGUGAGACCUAAUGUUCUGACCGGACACCCUGUAGCCGUUCUAUAAAUCCGAACCUGAGUUAGACAAGAGUAGUCAGCAGUUUUUUCAUGGUCCUUCGAGCCGGAUUUGUGGAUUGCUACAGACAUGUCUCAACCAGAAAGAGAAGCCCCUGCUGUGCGGCCGAGGAGACGAGUUAACCCUCCAGCCUACUUAGAAGACUUUGAGCUCAGUGGACCUGGGUCUCAUCAACAGCAAUCACGGUCACUUACCUGCCAGGGAGUACUGGAGAAUGAACCAAGUGUUACAGGUCAUUCUAGAUCCACUUCACCAGUGAGCCAAGCAUCAGAACAUUCUGAGUGGAUACUGACUGACCAAUGGGACUACACUUCUGAGAAGCUGAGAGAGGAGAAUGCAGCAUUGCAAAGGCAAGUGAAACAGCUGCCAGAGCUUACAGCCAUGUUAGAGAAGAUGAAGAGGGAGAACGCAGCCUUGCAACGACAAUCCAGCCAACUCCCUGAGAUCAUUUCAGCAUUCCAAGAGAUGCGUCAACAGAAUGCUGCGUUAUGGCAUGAGCUUCAAAGCUUGAAAUCGAAGCAGAGCUCUCCACCCGAGUCGGUCACUCCACAGAUGCCAUCACCACGCUCUCACUCUCCAGCAGUUAACUUUCAGACUCCACAGCCAUACCGCCCAAUACCAGCUCCACGCUCUAGGUUGCCACCAUCUGCCACUAAGAGACUGCCACACCCAGCUGUGCCAGAGGAAAGCUCAGAGUUUACUGAAGAUCUGAGAAACAUGAACAUUUCUUCCUCCCCUCGUGAGAGACCCUCCUUUACAGCACAUUAUAUUGACUCAGCUCAGUUCAGGUAUCCCAACACUUCCCCAUAUUCCCAGCCACCUCAGCUGCCUGAGUCCGUGGUCCCAUCACAGGAAAGGAGGAGGUCAGCCCAUGCAGAAUAUAGCUCAGAUCAUGUCUUACCCUCAAGUACCCAAGAGAAAAUCUACAGAGGACCAGCCCCUACCAUCCCCUGCCUAACGUCUUCUGAUCCUAGGGAGUUUUCAAGACUGAGAAUUGCAUUAGAGAAUAUCCUGCCUGAAGAUGCCACCGAACGUUUCAAAUUUCAAAUCCUCACAGACCAUCUGAAACUGGAGGAGGCCCUCCUUGUGGCAGACUCUUACAGCAAUUCCAGAUUUCCCUUCACCAACACUAUGAAAGCUCUGGAUAAGAUGUAUGGUCAACCCCACCAAUUAGCACUGCAACGAAUCGCUGAGCUGAUGGAUGGAGCUAAUAUACGCAGUGGAGAUGUAAAGGCCUUCAGGAUGUUCGGACUGCAGGUGCGUUCGCUUGUCAGUAUGUUGCAGCAGCUUGGCCACAAAGGUACUGUAGAGCUGGAAUGUGGAUCACAUGUGUCUCGACUCCUGAGUAAACUGCCACAUGACCUCAGAUCAAGUUUCAAGCGGUACACCCACCCUUUGCAAGUCUCUAUUCCUACUUUGCUGGACUUCGCUGAUUGGUUGGAAUAUGAGCUUCAAGUACAGGAAGACAAUAGCCAGUGA